ACCGGAUAAGGCAUGGGGUUACAGAUAUUGGUAUCACCAAGAAGUACCGCCUUCGAUUAGAGCUGUUCAGUACAUUCAAGCAGCUCAAUCGAAAUGGACGGUCACAACUGGCUUCACUUCAGCCACGGAGCAGUCCCCCAGGGAGCCGUGGUUGCCGGCCACGAUUCCGAUGGCGACACCAUCUUCAUUGGCCGCGCUUUCUACUGCAACGACAUGCUGCCGGCCAAGAUCAUCCCCAACAAGGGCAAGGCCUACGUGGCCUAUGCCAACCAGGAGGUGGAGCUGGAAAACUACGAGGCGUUGAGUGGCACCAACUACGAGUGGCUGCCGGCUGACAACGGAGAGGUUCCCCCCGGCGCCGUGAAAGUGGGCCAGAAUGUCGAUGGCGAGACCCUGUACGCCGGAAGGGGCUACCAUGCCGGCAGCUUGACCGUGGGCAAGGUGCACCCCUCCCACGGCUGCCUGUACAUCCCCUACGAUUCCGAGGAGGUGAAGAUCUUCGCCUACGAGGUGCUGUCGCGUCGCAUGGAGGCGAGAUAGGUGCUCCAGUUCCAGUUAUUGCCUGUUAUUCACAAAUAAAUUCGACACUUUUUGUAGACGCCCGUGGGUUGUAAUCUGUUUCUAGAGGGCCAUAAAAGUUCCUUAUCUCACAGGUUAUUUUUAAUCAUUACUAAAGUUGAUAGCUAGAAUAAUAAGUUUGAAAAAGUUUAAUUUGUUAUUUAAAUAAUUGGGUUUUAGGGGUCUUACUUACCCUUCCCACUGGUGCUCGCAGUUCUCGUCCUUCGCCCUUUUAUGCAGGAAAAAGUUCUAAGUUAACAAAACCAAAUGUUAUCAAGGUUAAGCCACUCAUUAACAACUAAGUUGAAAACUCUCUAAAUUACACGUAGCCUAAAACUAAAUUUUCAUAUGAAUACGAGACCAAUAGGACCAAACUAAACAAAUACUAUAUGCAAUUGCGAACUACUUGUAUUUGCAUUGAUUUUCUGUUGGAAUUGUUUGUUUUCCUAUAGUUAGUACUUAAUUUUUCGGACUAAGCGAGCUUGCAAUGGUUUCCGCAAAUGAAAAUCAACAACUAUGUAAAACAAGUGGAUAGGUUUUGAUAGAAGGCAGACAGCAGACAAGCAACACAUCAAAUUCAAAUAAUCCCCAUUUUUCUCUCUGCUGAAAUCGCUUGCUUGCCACGCAACUAAACGCAAACUAAUCAAAAGCAAUCACACUACGCACCUUAUUGGCUAUUGGGGCUCCACAGGAAGCCCUCGAAUCCUUUGAAUCUUCAACUCACACACAAUGAACGACCAAGCAAAGUUUGUAAAAAUAACACAAGAGUACAUUAAACGUUUCAUGGCAAGGCAA